AUGGCAGUAAAAAAAAUUGAUUAUCAAUGGUACUUAAAUGAAAGACAUAUUGAAGAAGAUGAAGCGAUAAAAUGGAAUGAUGAAAAUAUUAAAAAUGAAGCAAAGAUUUUGUCGUGCCUUUCUCAUCCAAAUAUAAUUAAUCUAUUAGGAUGGUUUAUUAUGAGUAAUUCAUUCUAUUUAGUAUUGGAUUAUCACGGAGGAGGAACAUUGGCUGAUUGUAUUCCACAAAAUGGUCGAGAUGAAUUUUCAACUUUAUGUUUGAUGAUUCAAGUUUUUGAGGCAAAUAUUUUAUUAUCGGCUGAUCGUAAAAGAUUAGUUCUCGCUGACUUCGGUCAAGCUCAAUUGGAAAAUGAUAAUGAAAUAAAUAAUCCAGAAUAUUUUCAAUCUAAAUUUAUUGGAGGAGGAACGGACUUAAAAAAGCUGAUAUGUAUAGUUUGGGAGUUACGUUUAACUCGUGAAUUACCUUACAAUCAAAAUACAUCGAUUCAAGAACAAGUAUUGAUGUUUCCUGAUCAUAUCUCUUUACCAGCUCAACACUUUGUUCAAAGUUUACUUUCCGUAGAUCCAUGUCGACGGAUGACGAUCUCUGAAGUUUUUGAUCAUUCCUGGUUAAGAAUUCAUGAUAUCACUGGUCGUCAUUAUCAACCGCGUCGUCGUCUUCGUCGUUUUCAUUCUUUAAAAUUUGCUAAUUCCCAUACUUCCCAUACUUCUACCAAUAAUACUUCCAAUUCUAAUAAUUCCAAUAAUACUAUGACUACUACGAAUAAUACAAAUUCGAAGCGAAAUAAUUCUAGUAACCCUCAAUAUAUAUAA